UUUUUUUAUCACUCUGUAAAACAAGAAGCUGACAGAAAACGAACUGCGUUUUGUGGCAAGACUAUUUGAGUAGCUUGACGAUGGCAAAUUUCCAAGAUAUAGACUUGAUGGCAGUUGGAAGACAUUGCUCUAGAAAAGAUUGCAAUAGGCUAGAUUACUUGCCAAUAAAAUGUGACCAUUGUAAUUUAUUAUUCUGUGCUCAACACCAUGAUGCCAAGGAACACCACUGCCAGUCUUUUGUGAACCUUGAUAGAGUCAUACCAGCUUGUCCUCUUUGUGGUCAGUUGGUUGCACUUGUUUCAAAUGUAUCCAAAAAUGACCAGGUUGAGAAACACAUCAGGAGUGGGUGUAAAGCAUUGAUAGCAGAAAAGAGAAGGAAAAAUGUGUGUUCACAAAUGAACUGCAAACGACAUAGUCUUAUUCCUUUCAACUGCCAUAUUUGUCAAAAAACUUUCUGUGUCAGGCACCGUCACUCUGGUGAUCACACAUGUAUUCCUUUGCCUCCAACAACAAUUGCAGUUUACUGAUUAAAUGCGUAUUUCGUUAUCCAAAGGCUACAUGGUAUAUUUAUGGUGUACAAAGAUGCUAUGGUGUAUAAGUAUGCUUUUUGAUUGGCAAUUGUUUCCCUAGAUGCUGUCCUUAUUCUGUAGUAUGCCUUCAAAGGAGACAUCAUGUACACCUAGCUUUAAAAAACUUGUGAAGAAAUUCAUUUAUUUAAAGAGGGAUAAAAGGAAAUAUGGAAAGGUCUAUCUUUAAAAGUAUUUUCUGGAGUUGAAAACAUUUAGUAGAAAUUAUUAAUGAUUUCAAAGUCAUGUAUAUUUUUAGUGUAUAACUAAUCUUAGGAAAAUUGUUGUUAUCUGUAACAUAAGAUGUUGGUGAUUCAUUAGUUGUUUGCAAAUUUAAA